GCGGAGCGGGCGGGCCGGGCCCGGGCCCGGGCCAGGGCAGGGCCUGAGGCUGCCGCGGGCCGCCCCUCUCGCUGCCCGCGCUCGGGCAGGGCCUAGCCGGCGGCCGGGGCCGCGGUGAGCCGGCCCGGGGGCUGCGGUCGCCGGCGGCGGGAUGGCCUUGGUGCCCUACGAGGAGGGAGGCGGCUGGGCGGCGCGGCAGCUGCACAGCCCUUGGGCCACCUUCCGCUUCGCCAGCCGUACCAUCCGCCUCCAGCAGGACUGGCGGCGGCUGGGGGUGGCGGCCGUGGUCUGGGACGCGGCUGUUGUCCUGUGUGCUUACCUGGAGAUGGAAGGCGUUGAUCUCAGGGAUCGGUCUGUGAUCGAGCUGGGAGCUGGAACUGGAUUGCUGGGAAUAGUGGUCACCCUGCUAGGUGCCCGUGUCACCAUCACAGACAGGGCGGCAGCGCUGGAGUUCCUGGAGUCAAACGUGCAGGCGAACUUACCCCCUGAACUAUGUCCCAGAGCUGUGGUGAAGGAGCUGACUUGGGGAAAAGACCUGGACAACUUUCCUCCAGGAGCAUUUGACUUCGUCCUGGGUGCAGACAUCGUUUAUCUGGAAGAGACGUUUGUAGAACUGCUUCAGACGCUGGAGCACCUGUGCUCAGAGCGAACGGUGAUUCUGCUUUCCUGUCGUAUCCGCUACGAGCGGGAUCUCAAGUUCUUGAGGAUGCUGAGAGAGCGUUUCUCUGUAUCCGAGGUCCAUUAUGAUUCCAGUAAGGAUGUUCAUAUCUACAGAGCACAGAGGGGUAGUCGCAAGGAGGACCUCUGACUCUCUGCUUUGUUAAUAGGCCACUGAUGCUGUUCAAUUCUCCCCUUUGUUUCUACUCAAUACACUUGUUCCUAAGCAUGAA